GCGGCUCCCUUAACAAUUUCUCACUACCAAUUUUCCCAUUGAUCGAGCCGUCGACUUAACAGCUUCUAACCUCGUCCCGCCUUGGGUCUCGUGCCUCUUCUCCGUGUCGACCCCACCAGCAUCCAUCAUCAUGAAUAACAAGAAUUGGAAUGACAGGGCAGACAAAGAUCUCUUUUUUACCAUUUUGUCGGUGAAAAACAUUGGUAUCAUCAGUGGCGCGGAAUGGACCACCAUCGGCAAUCACAUGAGAACUCUGGGAUAUGGCUUCACUAAUGAAGGAUGUCGUCAACACUUCCAAGGCCUCCGCCGGGCCCAGAACAAGGCCGAGAUUAAUGGCACCGGCGAAAGUUCACGGAAGAACGAUCCAACGAUGAACCCCAUCACACGUCGCCCUGGUCCUGGGCGAGGCCGGCCUAGGAAGCAACCACCGGUUCCAGUAGAGGGUGCGCUCAUAAUGGGUGGCCUUGACCCCGAGAUCCCCGACACCAAUCAUCCUGGCGCUCAUAUCUCUGGCGAUCCUGGAUCUCUGAUGCCCAUCCCUCCGCCUGGCACUGCUCUCUCACUUCCGGUAUCUUUGACCGCUGAGCCGAUGGUCCAGCCGUUAGCUGGCCCGCCUAUGACAUUCCCCAGCCCGCCUCAUGAACCUGAGCUGCCUCAGCAUCCUCCCCAUCUUCAUCCUCUCCAGGGUCAGCAACCUCAGGAUCCUCAACAACCUGCACAACCCCUACAAGAAGAUCCGAAACUCAUUUCAGGUCAACCGCCAAGCGAAGAGUCUGUUGAGCCAAUCGAUGUGUCUGCGGCUCCUCCAGAGUCUCUAAGCCGAGUGCAUGAUCUUGAUGCCGAAGGCGAGGAACCUGAUGCGAAACGACAACGACUUUCAUCGCCGGACGACACAAAGGAGGAACUGGAUGAUGAGGCUGUUUUAGCACUUGCUGCACACAGUGGCCCAACAGAUCCAUUUCCUUCCGAUUUCUCAUAUGGAGAGGCGUAAUUCCAGCAGUUUGAUGGAAUUCCAAUCCCUGGGAGUGGGUGUUGAUGUCUGAACUUGAGCCAGGUACAUCACUUGUUCUUGCUGUAGCAAUUAGUUGGCGCACGGAGCAAGAGGCCCUCGUCGUAUAUGCUGUGAGAUUCUGGGCGAUAUUUUGGGCCCUUUUGGAGCGGGUUGUAUCAACAACAAUGGUCUUUGUUUGGAGUUCACAGAUUUAGGUAACGAGGCAGCGGGUUGGACGAGUGGUAUUAGUGCAGAUGUUUUUGUGCAUGGGGUUGAUAGAAGCUAGCAAUGACCUUAUUGGCACUGGCAAACAAACAGUCCAGGCGACAAACACUCAGA